AUGGAAUUUGACGACAUUAAGAUUCCGCAAAAACCGAACGUCAUUGUUUCACAAGAUGGUAAGGGAAAUUUCAAGCAAAUAAUGGAUGCCAUCGCAGCUGCACCAAGUCACUCAACCAACUACUUUGUGAUACUUGUUAAGAAAGGGGUUUACAAGGAAUAUGUGAACAUCGACACCACAAAAUCGAAUAUAGUCUUGAUCGGAGAGGGUAAGGAUGCUACUAUAAUUUCCGGGAGUAAAAGCGUAGGCGGCGGACGGGCAACAUUUGAUACUGCAACAUUUGUUGUUAGAGCUCAAGGAUUUGUUGCGAUUAACAUAGGGUUCGAGAACACAGCAGGUCAAAAAAACUUGCAAGGAGUCGCACUUCUAUCCGGCGGCGACCGCUCUGUCUUCUACCGAUGCAAGAUAACAGGUAACCAAGACACAUUGCUUGUGGAAGCCGGUCGUCAAUUCUUCCGAGAAUGCCAAAUCAUCGGCACUAUCGACUUCAUCUUUGGCUAUGGCACUGCCGUCUUUCAAAAAUGCAACAUUUACAUCAAAAGAAACCAGAUGGGUGCCACCAGAGUCAUCGCCGCCCACGGUCGUAACUCCUCAACUGACUCAUCAGGCUUCUCGUUCCAGUAUUGUGACAUCAACGGAGACCCCCAACCCACUGGCACUGCAGACUCAAAAAUUCCGGUAGGCACGUACCUAGGUCGGAGUUGGGGCAUUUAUGCCAGAACAGUGUUCAUGCAGUCGUCUAUAAGCAGCAUCCUAAGGCCGGAAGGUUGGCUUCAGUGGCAUACGGAUGCAGAGCAACCAUACUUCGGUGAGUACCAGAAUUCUGGACCAGGUGCGGCGCUUGGUGGCCGGGUUAAGUGGCCGGGUUUUCAUAAUAUGAGUGCAUCUGAAGCUGAUAAAUUUACAGUAGCCAAGUUUAUUGAUGGUAGUUCAUGGCUAGCUUCGUUAGAGCUGGAUUUGGAAACUAGGCUCCGACCAGAAGAGGGUGCAAAUGGCGGAGGGAUGGGCGACGGUGAUGGCGCCGUUGAAGAAAAAGGCGGAGUCAGGAAACUGGCGAGCAUGACGUUGGUGGCGGCAGAGGAGGACGGCGUCGACGUUUUUGGGUUUGACAUGGGUGCCUAG